CAAAGUGCCAUUGAGGAACAGCAAAAACUCAUGUGGUUGCAAGUGCUCCAAGCAAUAGAUAAACAGAAUGGCCAAAAUACUCCAGAAAUACAUAAAAUUUACGACGAAAGAGCUGCAACAGUAUGCCGCCAACCCGGAAUCAUGCGUGCGCUGCAUCAAAACAGACCUGCACCUGGCCAUGGGUCCUUACGGCAUGGGUAACUUUAAGCAUGCGUUGCACGAGCUGCUCAUCCGCACCAAAGUGGGCAUAUACGAUAGCAAUGUGAAUGGAAUAGUGCUUGGGAUCAAGAACAUUAAGGUUUUGGGUCAAACGGCAGCGUUACGCGCCGAUGAUCCCACUCUGCAUUUGCUAAUUAAUGCCGAUUUCUAUGUGUUCAGGCCAGUUGCUGGUGCGGUGCUCCAUGGCGUUGUGCGGCACAUAUCCAAGCAUCAAAUCAGCGUUAUUAUCUACCGAGUGUUCAACACAACCAUACGAUUUACGAAUAAGAAACAAAACAGAAAUGACAUUGUCAUGGAUCAGGAAAUUAAGUUUCGAAUCAAGGACUUCAAUAUAGGUAGCGCCAUGCCAUAUAUCGAGGGCGAAUUAUUGCUCGAAGAGUCCGAGUCACAUAACAAUGUCAUAAAAUUUGAGGAGAACGAGGAGGUAAAUACAGCUCCAGAAGCAAAUGUAGAGCUUGAUGCUCUCGUAGAGCUAAUUAAAGUGGAGACAAACAUAGAGGCUGAGGAGUCGCCGAAAAAGAAAAAGGCAUCAAAGCGUAAGCAGGCCGCAGAUCCUGACGUAGCUGUAGGAAAACUAAAAAAAAUCAAAACAAUAAAAUCGGAGCCUAUAGAAGUAUAG